AUGGUGUCAUCGAACGAUCCCAUCGGGACGAUAUUCAAUUCAAUCCAAGUCGUUAAAGCUGCUCUUCACCCCCAUCGAGCUUGGCGUCAAAAAGGCUGCGAAGGACAUCGAGAGUUGUUAGGUAAGCAAAGAAAGGGACUUUCGUUUGGUGUUGAGACCUUCAAGAAGAAACAAGAAGAAGCGGCGAACGAGAAGCUUAGCCAUAGAAACGAGGUUGUGAAGAAGAAGAAGAAGAAGAAAGACAAGUUCUUGGAGAGAGAGGAUGAUGGUGAUGUUUCGUGUACGAAUUGCUUUAAGUUUGCUAUGACUUGGUCUUUGUUGGUUAGUAGCUUUGUCCAUUUGUUUCCUAUUCCCUUUAAGAAGAGGGUUCACAGAGAUGAGAAUACUCUUUUGCAUUCACGUAAACAGAACGUUAAGACAAAGGAUAAGUCUAAAGAAAAGGAAGGAAACAACCCCUUUUCGCAUUCCAUGGGUUUUGUUAUUGAAAUGUUGGCUCGGAAUCUUCAGAAGCUUGACCAGUUUGUGCAGGACAGAUCAAAUAAGGAAACUGUUAAGGGAAAGGUUCUCUACGGAGAGUCUUUGCAUCCAGAGAAGAGUUUAGAGGUAGCUGAGAGAGGACUCGAGGUGGUUCAGUUACCGGCAGAGAAGGCAUCACUGUUUGAACAAGAGAAGCUUUGCGCGUCUCGACUCUUAUCUCAGCUUGUGAUUGUGAAGUUGCAGGUUUCUGCAAAGGGAUGUGUUCAGUUACUGGAGGAGAAGGCACCACAGUGUGAACAAGAGAAGGUCCAUGCUUAUCCACGAUCAACCCUUGACCCAGAAGUUAGGAGUUUAUUUCCACCGGAGGAAGAAGUUUUCAGAAGUUUCUGA